UACGCACCUUGCGUGUCAUGCGCAGUCGGUAUCCUUCAGCUUCAUCGAGAAAUGUCAGAAAUCCUUGUUGGUCGUCAAACAACGAGGAAAAAAAUCAAUCGAUAGACAUAUAGGCGCUGCUGCAGAAUUUGUCAUGGUGCUAUACUCCGAAAGCCAUCACCACCGUGUACCGUGAACGUUCGGGGCGGGAAGGAGAACGCGUAGCGCAGGAAUUGGUGCCGAAUCCGAACUUGUGCCACUAGAACCGUGCCAAAACUCCCCCCCAAUUCCUACCGAAUCCACAAUUCUUCCCCACAAGCGACCACCCCACUUGGCUAGCUGUCCAGCACCAUCAUCAUCUACCUGCCCACAAUGAUUCCACGUAGCUAAAAGAUAUAACCACUCUACCGUGUAGUGUGUCCGCUGGUUGUCUGCGGUGGAAAUAGAGUGGCUACAAGAAUAGUUUUUAAUCGGUGUGCUAGAACGCACCGUAUCCAGGCUUCCCGAACCGUCAUAUUCCUUCAGCCUACCAGGCCAGGCAGUGCAGAACGAGCAUGAAAAAGCAAAACGUACGGACCAUCUCCCUGAUCGUGUGUACGUUCACAUACCUGCUAAUUGGAGCCGCCGUGUUCGAUGCGCUCGAGUCAGAGACGGAGAAGAAACGGUGGAAGGCACUCAGUGCAGUCGAAAACAUCCUCAUCUCACGGUACAACAUCAGCGCGGAGGACUUCAAAGUCAUCGAAACGGUCAUCAUGAAGUCGGAACCGCACAAGGCCGGACAGCAGUGGAAGUUUUCCGGUGCGUUCUACUACGCCACGACAGUGCUGACGACGAUCGGGUACGGUCACUCGACACCGUCCACCGUCAGUGGGAAGAUCUUCACCAUGUGCUACGCCGCCAUCGGCAUUCCGCUGGGCCUGGUCAUGUUCCAGAGCAUUGGCGAGCGCGUCAACCGACUGAGCAGUGUGAUCGUGCACGCGGUAAAAACGUCGUUCAACUGCAAGAAAGCGAUCGCUUCCGAGGUGGAUCUUAUACUGGUGGUCACCACGCUCAGCUCGCUCACCAUAGCGGGGGGUGCGGCAGCGUUCAGCAAGUUUGAAGGCUGGAGCUACUUCGACUCGGUGUACUACUGCUUCAUCACGCUCACGACGAUCGGGUUCGGCGAUAUGGUGGCGCUGCAGAAGGAUAACGCACUCAACAAAAAGCCGGAGUACGUGGCGUUCGCGCUGAUCUUCAUCCUGUUCGGGCUGGCGGUGGUGGCCGCCUCGUUGAAUCUGCUUGUGCUGCGUUUCGUUACGAUGAACACGGAGGAUGAAAAGCGCGAUGAAGCGCAAGCAAUACAAGCAAUGCAAAUAGCGGUCAAGCUGGACGGAGAUAUCAUUACGGGGAACACGGACAGUGUGGAUGAACGGUGCUACGAUCGCAUCUCGGUCAUCAACCCGCUGACCGUGUGUCACAACUGUCCGACCAAGUUCGACAUGACGGAGGCCGGCAACGGGUGUUACAUCGAUACGAACUACCGUUACCCGCUGAUGGACUGCGAAAUGACGCAGCUCCGAUCACCGGCAGGCUUCAGUGGGCCCGGCAACAAUGGCCACCGGAUGCAUGACUUCGAAACGGAUGACGACGGGCUAAUACGACCGUUACGGUACGAUUUCCAUCCGAGCCGUGGUCGUGCAUCGGUUUAAGCCACCCAGAGGCAUCCGAUCGUCUUAUCCUACCAAACCAUACACAUACACCAAAUCACGGACGGAACGGAGUGAUGGAGAUGAUCAGCAGAGCAAAAAGGAAGCAGCACUAUGACAAAAACGAAUGCAGCAGCUGCUGCGUGCCGCAACGAACGCACAAAAUUAAUUCACAACACACACACACACACAAACACACCACUCGAAUAAGGUGGGGUCAAUUAGUGGCCGCAAAUCAUCAUCUUCCUCUAACAGUACUUUUGUAAGAAAAACAUCCCUUCAUGCGAAUGCGUACGAAUUGGUUUAUACUAAGUAAGUAGCGUAAUAAGUGAGACGGGUGGCGGCGGUUGAUCAAGUUUUAGCAAUGAUAAAGAGAAAUUUAAAAACUCCGGGAACAAUCGGUCUUGAGCGUUAUGAAUAAAAAGAAACAAGAAAACAACAGCAAAAGCAAUUUGCGUAAGUACCAGAA